UCUCCACUACCAAACCAGUAAAAAUGGCAACAGAGUUCAGCAACCUGAGCUCCCACCUAACGGAGCUGAUCCUUUCCUACCUCCCAAUCCCAGCCCUAAUCCGAGCCUCCACCGUCUGCAAGCUCUGGUUCUCCAUCAUUUCCUCUCCAAGAUUCUCCACCACCGCCGCCCAAACCGCCCGUUGCCGUCUCCCUUGGUUCUUCCUCUAUGGCCUCCACAACACCUCCUCCAAGAACAACCAGUCCUUCGCCUUCGACCCCGUCUCCGAUCUCUGGUUCCGCCUCCCCAUUUUCCCCACUCUCCACCACCCUUCCUCCUCCUGCUUCCUCGGCGCCGACGGCUUCUUCCUCACCACCGCCCCCAACUUCUCCUGCUCUCGCAUCCUCAAACGCUCCUGGCGCGUCCCUUCUCCUCUCCGUUUCUCGCGGAUCAACCCUCUCGUCGGCGUCUUCGACGACUACCAUCGCGACGCAUCUCGCCUUCCAAGCUUCAUCAUCGUCGGAGGCGUCAGAUUCAUCGGCAAUCUCGUCGACAUCGAGGACCGCCUCGCCGCAGAGGUCUACAACCCUAAUUCUGACUCUUGGGAGAUCUGUCCGCCUCUGCCGGCGGAUUUCAGGUCCGGCAAUUCCUCCCAAUCGCUCUCCUCGGCCUUGUGUGGGAGAAAAUUAUACAUCUUUGGAAUAUACUCUUGCUUCGUUUCGUCGUUUGAUUUGGACAAGCGCGUUUGGAGCGAUGUCCAGACGCUCAGGCCUCCCGGCGUUGUCUUCUCGUUCCUGAUCGCCUGCCAUGACCGGCUCAUUCUCGCCGGAAUAUGCAAUUCGCCGGUCGGACAGUCGUUCAGCCUGUGGAGGAUCGAAGAGAAGACGAUGGAGUUCAGCGAGAUCGCGAUCAUGCCACAGGAAUUGCUCUGCGGAUUGUUUGAUGGCGAUGAAGAUGACAAAUUCGCGAGCUUGAAGUGCGUGGGAUUAGGAAAUCUCAUAUAUGUGUUCAAUGAGGAAUAUCACAGGAAAUACCCUGCUUGUGUUUGUGAGAUCAGCGAUGAAUCUAGAAGUUGUAGCUGGAGAAGAGUUCCACAAUUGCCUUCCCCUGUUAAUAAGUUUCAUAAAGUUAUUAGCUUUUGCUCCACAGUUUCGCUCCACGGCAUUCUUCGCAUCGAAGAAGAAGAAGUUGGUCCAAUUCAGGCCAUGGCUGAGUGAUCGCUUCUUCUUUACUUGCUCGAGCGGCGGUCCUAUUUCUUGUAAACAAGAUCAAAGGUUUUCAUCCUUGUAAAGCGACUCGGAAGCAGGGGAAAGCUCGAAACCGAUGCAGGCUUUCAUUCUUGCAUUUUAUCAACUUAUUGUAAAUACGUUGAGAAAUUGCGUAUCUAUUAGUCUUUGACCU